CUGCCACAGCGUGUUGCGAGGGCCCGGGGGACGGGCGAAGGUGGAAGCUUCCCCAGCGUUUGCUGAAGCGGGACCCCCGUCCUCACCGACGCCCCACAGCUCCUCUGACAGCACGGCUGCGCGUGCAGGGGCGAGCUCUCCUGACGUCGAUCCGAGGAGUGGAUCUACAGUUUGGCAACCUCACCCGGCGACGACCCGGGAUAGAAGAAGAAGGGGAGCCCUCGGUUCGCAAAAGGAGCAGCCCCAAACAGGCCGAUGAACUGCUGUCUCCGCACUCGGCCUCUGCGCCCGUCCAGGGACCCAGGGUCCAACCUCUCCUCCUCCCUACCAGUGAUUAAAAAAACUCCGCUCCCGGGGGACCCCUCCCAGCACUCCGAGUCGACAGCCCAGUUCCUGCUACUGCUGUCCCACCAUGGACUUCUUGAUGAGUGGCCUGGCAGCCUGCGGUGCCUGUUUGUUCACCAAUCCCCUGGAGGUGGUGAAGACCAGGAUGCAGCUGCAGGGAGAACUGCGGGCCCCGGGCACCUACCAACGGCACUACCGAAACGUCUUCCAUGCCUUCAUUACCAUCGGCAAGGUGGACGGCCUGGCGGCCCUGCAGAAGGGCCUGGCCCCUGCCCUCUUAUACCAGUUUCUGAUGAACGGCAUCCGGCUGGGCACCUACGGGCUGGUGGAAGCUGGGGGCUACCUGCACACGACUGAAGGCACACUCAGCCCUGUUCGUAGCGCAGCAGCUGGGGCCUUGGCUGGGGUCAUGGGAGCCUACUUGGGGAGCCCCAUUUACAUGGUGAAGACACACCUACAAGCACAGGCAGCCACAGAAAUCGCUGUGGGGCACCAGUAUAAUCAUCAGGGCAUGUUUCAGGCACUAACCAAGAUUGGCCAGAAACAUGGUCUGGUGGGGUUGUGGCGUGGGGCCCUGGGCGGCCUGCCCCGAGUUAUCGUCGGUUCCUCCACCCAGCUGUGCACCUUCUCCUCCACCAAGGACCUCAUGACCCAGUGGGAGAUAUUUCCACCCCAGAGCUGGAAGGUGGCUCUGGCGGCCGCCAUGGUGAGUGGCAUUGCGGUGGUCCUGGCCAUGACACCCUUUGACGUGGUCAGCACAAGGCUGUACAACCAGCCCACAGAUGCUCAGGGCAAGGGCCUCAUGUACCGGGGGUUACUGGACGCUCUGCUGCAGACGGCUCGGACAGAGGGCAUUUUUGGCAUGUACAAGGGAAUAGGUGCCUCCUACUUCCGCCUUGGCCCCCACACCAUCCUUUCCCUCUUCUUCUGGGACCAGCUGCGCACGGUCUACUACACGUACACCAAAUAACGACAGCCACUCUUCCCCACUCCAGCAAAUCAGCACUCCUUGGACUCUUCUGACUCCAUUUUUAUUACCGGGAGACUUCUGACCAGAUGGCCUUUCAUCCAUCAGAGAAGGACCGCCAACACCACUCCCCAUAUGAUUUCUCAGGAUUGAAUCACUACAAGGGAUAGUUUCCUUCCCUUUCUUGGGUGUUGCUUUAAACCUUCCCUGCCUACACUCCUGCACAUUUCACACCGCUCUCUCAGGGCUGAACCUGUCACUCCAAAGUGUGUUUCCUCCCUUUCUCCACUGCUGGCCUUCGGUCCCUUCUGAUCCCAUGUAUAAUUUUAACUCCACCCGUCCAAGACCAAAGGGAAUUGGGGGGACCCAGGUGUUCUGUUCGAUUUCAAAGGCACAGAGAUUAUAUUGGUUAUAAAGCAAGUUUAUUUCUGCA